AUGUCUCUUGAUCAAUCUCUCCAGUUUCUACGCCAGUGGGGUCAGACGGCUCUGUCGCAUAUGCCCCCCGAGGCGCAAAAUGUUCUGCUGCACCCCGUCGUUCCCAAGGCGCUGGCCGUGUUAGUUGGGCUCGGGGUGGUGCGCCACACUAAUCGCGCUUUGACACGAUGGGCAGCGAAUAACUGGCAGGGCGCUGGCCCCUGGCAGCCUGCGCGCGAGCUGGUUCUCAUCACCGGGGGGUGUAGCGGCAUCGGCAAGCAGGUCGUGGAUGAUUUGGCGCCGACGGGGGUGCGCAUUGUGAUCCUGGACAUUCAGGAGCCUACCUCUAAAUUACCUGCCAAUGCCACCUUCUACAAGGCCGACAUCACAUCCUCGGCUAGCAUCGCUGCCGUCGCCGAGAAGAUUCGUUCGGCGCACGGCGAUCCCACGGUGCUGGUCAACAACGCCGGCGUGGGUACCGAUGGCACUAUUCUCGAUGAGCCCGAAGCCAAGAUUCGCCAGACCUUUGAGGUCAACACCAUCUCGCACUUUCUCAUGGUGCGCGAGUUUCUGCCUAGUAUGGUAAAGCAGAACCACGGUCACGUCAUUACCAUCGCCAGCAUGGCCAGUUUCGUCGCGCAGGGCGAGAUUGUGGAUUACUGCUGCUCUAAGGCCAGUGCGCUCGCCUUCCACGAGGGACUGGGCCAGGAGCUGCGGUUUUGGUACAAAGCGCCGAAGGUGCGCACUAGCGUGAUUCAUCCCCUCUGGGUGCGCACCCCUAUGAUCAAGCAAUUGACCGACGCCGGCAACAAAUUCCGUCAGCCCAUCUUGACCCCCGAGAUGGUGUCGGCCGCUGUGGUCAAGCAGAUCUUAACGCAGAGCAGUGGUCAGGUAAUCCUGCCCAACCAUCUCAUGCCUAUUUCAUUAGUGCGCGCCCUCCCCUCGUGGCUGCAAGACUUCGUCCGGAACACCGGGUCGAAGAACCUGAAGCAGGUACGCGAGUGGACGGCGGCGCAGGGAUUGUAA